GAAAUGUCCAGUGCAACCUUGGAUUCUCAAUUUAAAAACAGGAUUGUCCAUUUUUUGUUGCUUCAAAUGUUUUGGGAUGUGGUUCUGUGUCAGCUGCAUUAUAUCAUCCCAGAGGAAUCUAAACAUGGCACCUUUGUUGGAAGAAUUACACAGGAUCUGGGACUGGAUUUAGGUGAGAUUAAUUCCAGAAUGUUACGUGUUGUCUCUAGAGAUGAUAAGGAAUAUUUUCAGGUGAAUCUGCAAAAUGGAAUUCUGUUUGUUAAAGAUACAAUAGACAGAGAGUUGCUAUGUCCAGGCAUACAGUUGUGCAUUAUUCCUCUGCAGGUUAUAGUGGAUAAACCUGUACAGAUGUAUCUUGUAGAUAUAGAGAUAGAAGAUAUAAAUGACAAUAGACCAGCAUUUCCAUCCUUUGUGAGUAACCUUAUGAUAUCUGAACUAAUGCCUGCAGAAUCUCGUUUUCAUGUUGAGGUAGCAAUGGAUCCAGAUCUUGGAACAAAUGCUAUUACAAAUUAUGAGCUCAGUGCAAGUGAUUAUUUUGCACUAGAUUUUCAGAAAUACAUGAAUCAGAUUAGAUCAUUAGAACUUGUAUUAAAGAAAUCUCUAGAUAGAGAAAAGCAGUCUAUUCACAAUCUCACACUUACAGCUUAUGAUGGUGGCAAGCCAAGAUUAAGUGGUACAUCUGAAAUCAUAAUCACAGUAGAAGAUGUUAAUGAUAAUGCUCCAACAUUUAAUCAGCCAUUUUAUCAAGCUAGUGUGGUUGAAAAUGCUCCCAAAGGAUCAUUAGUAAUAAAACUAAAUGCCACAGAUUUAGACCAAGGGAAAAAUGGUGACAUUUUAUAUUUAUUUAGCAAAACAGCUAAGGAAGAUGUCAGCAACAUUUUUAGUUUAGAUAUGUAUACAGGGGAAAUAGAAGUGAUUGGAGAAGUGGAUUUUGAGCAGGCACAAAUGUAUGAAAUACAAAUUGAUGCUAAGGAUAACGGGGAUGUUCAAUUAAUUGGACAUUGUAAAGUUCUAGUGGCUGUUGUAGAUGUAAAUGACAAUUCUCCUGAGGUGACAGUAACUUCACUUGCCGUACCUGUUCCUGAGGACUCUCCACAGGGAACAACUGUUGCCAUCAUAAGUGUGCAUGACAAAGAUUCAGGAAUAAAUGGAAAAGUUAGUUGUAACAUCAUUGAUUCAUCACCCUUCAAAAUACACCCAGCAUUUAAGAAAGAUUUUUCACUAACUGUAAAUGGGAAGUUGGAUCGAGAAGUAACAUCUCAGUAUGAAGUUGUAAUCAUAGCAAGAGAUGAGGGAACACCACCACUGUCAGUUUUAAAGACUCUUAAAAUUGAUAUUAGUGAUAUGAAUGACAAUGCCCCAUUAUUUCAGAAACUUUUUGAUACAAUCUUUAUCAAGGAAAACAAUCCACCAGGUGCUCAUGUCUAUACAGCAUCAGCAUCUGACCCAGAUGUGGGGCAGAAUUCCUUCAUCACAUAUUCUAUCAGUGACAGCGCUGUGGAUGGGAUCCCCAUAAAUUCUUAUGUGUCAAUCAAUCCAGAGAAUGGAAAAUUAUUUGCUUUAGUUUCAUUUGACCAUGAACAAGUGACUUAUUUCCAGUGUCACAUAAAAGCAACUGAUGCGGGUCUACCUCCACUGAUUUCAAACCUUACUGUUAAUAUUUUCAUAGAUGAUAUCAAUGACAAUGCUCCCACUUUUAUGCCACUUUUUCCUGCUUUGCCAAUAAGAACACCAAAGACAACUCAGCCUGGACACUUGGUUACUAAAGUAAGAGCGGUAGAUAUUGAUUCAGGAUACAAUGCUCUGUUAUCAUAUCAUUUUAAAGAUCUCACAGGAAAAACUCCAUUUGUUAUAACUCAGCAAACAGGAGACAUUGGAUUAAAGCGGACAUUUACAGAUUCAGAUAAUGAAGAAUAUAGACUAAUAGUGGUAGCUCGAGACCAUGGAGAGCCAGUCAUGACAGCAGUAACAGAAAUUGUCAUCAUCUUGGUGGAAUCUGGAGAGGAAAUUAUGGAUGACAAUCAGGAGUCCAAAGGAAUAACUGAAGAAUUUACAGAAGCUAACAUCUACUUAGUGGUUGCAAUCUGUGUGAUAGCAAGUAUAUUUCUCAUUACAAUAAUUGCCUUUACAGUAUUAAGAUGGCAAAAAUGGAGAGAUGAAGUCAAUGACCUGAAGGAAAAUUACAAGAUCUGCACCAACACUGCGGGUAGUUGGGUAUACUCUCAACAAACUCAGUACAGAGUAUGUUCAAACUCAUUACAGCGGAAGAGUGACUUAAUCGUUUUCACUCCAAAUAGCUCUCAAAUGCCAAAUAAUGAAGAGCAUGCAAACCAACCAGUUGCUCAGCUAAAUGCAUCAUAUCAGUGUGAAGAAACAAUUGAUUGCACAUUCUUAUGGUUUAUUGGAUUGUAUGAACUGCUAUACUACAACCAGUCUGCUUGUCCUGGAAGACGCAUUGUAUUCACCUCACUCUACCUGAAUAACCUGGCUCUAGACUCUGCAUCUGUUAUCCCAUCAGGGGAACCCAGAGCAUGGGCGAACAGUUACCUGGAAAAAGAAGAUCCAAUGUUAAACUCCUUUGACAAUUGUUGGGCCGCUAUGUCCUUGCUAUAUGAAGAUCCUUGCAAACAACUCACUGCCGAAUCUGUCAUCAGAAGUCUAAAACAAGGGAAAAGACCUGUGGAAGACUAUAUUGCAGAAUUUAAAAGAUGGGCAAGGGAGACCGAGUGGAAUGAUAUUAGCCUGAGAAAUGAAUUCCGACUCAGUCUCUCGGAAUUGCUCAAGGACGAACUGGCUAGAGCUGGCUAG